AUCCUCAAGGUCAAGCCGUUCCUCACUCUCUAUAGCUCUCUAAAGCUCUAAUAUUUCAAUUUCUCUCUCUCUCAAAUCAAAAACACUCUCCGUUUAUCAAUCAAUGGCUGGGUUUUCAUCAAUAGCUGCUGCUUCUGUGCUUGUCGUGUUUCUCGUCAUGUUGAGCUUUUCAGAAGCCAGAGAGUUUUUGGUGGGAGGCAAAGCAGACGCAUGGGCAGUCCCUUCCUCUGAAUCCCAAUCUCUCAACAAAUGGGCCGAAAGCAAACGGUUCAACACCGGCGACAUUCUCGUGUGGAAGUAUGACAGUGCAAAAGACUCAGUCUUGCAUGUGACCAAGGAAGACUAUGUUAACUGCAACAUGUCAAGCCCAAUCAAGCAGUACAAGGAUGGUGAGACCAAGAUUGUGCUUGACAAACCAGGACCCUUCUAUUUCAUUAGCGGAACCAAGGACCACUGUGAAAAGGGACAGAAGCUCGUCGUUGUCGUUAUGUCUCCCAGAAACAGGGCCUCUACCAUCUCUCCAGCACCUUCUCCCGCGGUCGAGAUCGACGGUCCUGCCGUUGCUCCGGCUCCGACUAGCACUGCUUCGCCUUUCAAGGCCGCUGGUGUCCUUGUUGUGGCGGCACUAAUGGGGUUUUCGGCAGCUCUCCUCAUCUGAGUGAGGUUUUAGUGAGCAUUGGGUUGGGCUUUUUUGAUCUGGGCUUCUUUGGGUUUGGUGAUUUAUUAUUUUAUUCUUUAUUGGGGGUAUAUCAGUGGAGGUUUCAUCUUAUCUUAGAUGAUGUUAUAUGUAAUUCCAUCUCCUUUUAUCAUAAUAUAUAUUAAUUUCUAUA